AAAAGCGAGAUGUGGCCAUAUGGAGGCAGUAGUAAGUCAGGCCUAGCUUGACCACUGACUCCUACUCCAGGGGAGAUCUGAGGCGCUGAGCUGCUGUCUGAUUCUGCCCAGAUCGAAGAUGGCGGUGUCGGUGUUCUCAGGCGUGCGCCUCCUCUCCAUCGGAGACGCCAACGGAGACAUACAGCGACAUUCAGAGCAGCAGCCUCUGCGGCUAGAAAUCAAAAUCAACCAGGACGUGGCUCUCAUAAGCCUCUCGAACAAUGAGGAGACGUGUGUCUUUAAGUGCUCAGUAUCACGAGAGACAGAAUGCAGUCGUGUUGGGAAGCAGUCCUUCAUCAUUACUCUGGGCUGUAACAGUGUCCUGCAGUUUGCAUCUCCAGCAGAUUUCUCGUCGUUCUAUAACCUCCUGAAGAAUUGCCGUGGACAUGGGGGUGAACACUCAGUCUUCAGUGAGAGGACGGAGGAGUCCUCAGCUGUACAGUAUUUCCAGUUUUAUGGCUACCUCUCUCAGCAACAAAACAUGAUGCAGGAUUACGUGCGAACUGGAACAUAUCAACGGGCCAUCCUCCAGAAUCAUACUGACUUCAAGGAUAAAGUGGUGCUGGAUGUAGGCUGUGGCUCUGGGAUUCUGUCAUUUUUCGCAGCUCAGGCUGGUGCUCGUAAAGUUUAUGCUGUGGAGGCCAGUACCAUGGCUCAACAUGCAGAGGUUCUUGUGAACAGUAACAGGCUGUCAGAGCGUGUUGUGGUGAUUCCUGGGAAAGUGGAGGAAGUGUCCCUACCUGAGCAGGUGGACAUAAUCAUCUCUGAACCCAUGGGCUACAUGCUGUUCAACGAAAGGAUGCUGGAGAGCUACCUGCAUGCCAAAAAGUUCCUCAAGCCCAACGGCAAAAUGUUUCCCACAAUCGGAGAUGUGCACCUCGCCCCUUUCACAGAUGAGCAGCUUUACAUGGAGCAGUUUACAAAGGCCAAUUUCUGGUACCAGCCGUCUUUCCAUGGGGUGGAUCUGUCUGCGCUGAGAGGAGCUGCAGUAGACGAAUACUUCAGACAGCCGAUUGUGGACACGUUUGAUAUCAGGAUUCUGAUGGCCAAAUCAGUGAAAUAUACAGUGAACUUUUUAGAUGCUAAAGAAGAGGAUCUUUACAAGAUAGAAAUCCCCUUCAAAUUCCACAUGAUGCAUUCAGGGCUUGUACAUGGGCUGGCUUUUUGGUUUGAUGUCGCAUUCAUUGGAUCAGUGAUGACGGUGUGGCUCUCCACGGCCCCCACAGAACCCCUCACUCACUGGUACCAGGUGCGCUGUCUGCUGCAGUCGCCUCUCUUUGCCAAGGCAGGGGACACGAUGUCAGGCACUGCACAUUUAAUCGCCAACAAGAGACAAAGCUAUGACAUUAGUAUUGUUGCUCAAGUGGACCAGACAGGCUCCAAGUCCAGUAAUCUUCUUGACCUCAAGAACCCCUUCUUCCGGUACACGGGCUCAACACCCACCCCUCCUCCAGGUUCACACUAUUCCUCGCCCUCAGAGAACAUGUGGAACACUGGGGGAACCUACAGCAUGAGCCAAGGCAUGGCUGUGUCAGGGAUGCCUACAGCCUAUGAUCUCAGCACUGUCAUUGGCGGCAGUGGGACUACAGUGUCCCACAACAAUCUCAUCCCCAUUGUGAACACGGGGAUUGUGAAUCACACUCACUCCAGAAUGGGUUCUAUAAUGAGCACCGGAAUCGUCCAGGGGGCCACAACUGCCCAGCAGGGUCCCAGCAGCAGCAGUCCCUAUUACCCCGUCACCAACCAGUUCACCAUGGGUGGCCCGGCUAUCUCCAUGGCGUCUCCUAUGGCCAUCCCCAGCAACACCAUGCACUACGGGAGCUAAGGCCAAGAGACGGCCUCUGCAUGUCCAGUUACCCCCACCUCACCUCACCCCACCCCACCCCUGCAAACUGACCGCAGCCAAAUUCAGAAUACCAAAACCAAUGCACCAGUCUCUGACCAUCACUUUAUAGUCUCUCUCGCUCUCUAUAUAUAUAUAGAUAUACAUGUAUACGUAUGUAUAUAUAUUCUAAACUCCGUUUCUCUCACUGGUGUUUUAUUCUUACAUAUCCGUCCCACGGCCCUAUAACGUUAACAUGUGCAGGCAUUCGGCCGGGUCAACACAUCUGAAGUUUAUCAUUGUUGCUCUCCCCCCCCCCGCCACCCCAACCACACACAACGCCUGCUCCACAACCAGCCACUAGGAGGCAGCACUUGUCUGUAAGCUUGCUGAAAAGCACAAACCAGAGACUUGAGACUCAACGAAAAGGACUUGUUCGGAGGAGCGCUGACGAUGGGACACAUUUUGAUUUUUUUUUUUUUUUUAUA